UUCAGUCAGGUGUCAUAUCUAUCUAAGCCCGCAACGGUCACACUGGCUACUAACUGACUACAUCCCAAUCCGAAUCCGAAUCUGGAUUCAAAUCGAAAUCCAUAACAGCAACCGCAUCAAGGAGCUUCGUGAAUCCGUGGAGAGCCAGCGGCCAUUCCGGACAAAACAUGUCGCCCAAGUACACGCACGCCAUCGUGGCCAGAAUCUCGGACGCCCUGCUGGAGAACGGACAAUUCGACGUCCAACUGGCGAAGCAACAGCACGAGGAGUACUGCACCCUGCUGCGGUCCAUUGGUCUGGAUGUGAUCGAGCUGCCGCCGGACGAUGAGCUGCCCGAGGGCGUGUUUGUGGAGAACAGUGCCGUCAUCUGUAAUGGAGUGGCUUUAAUCGGGCGAUCGGAGAACCCGAAGCGACGACGCGAAGCCGAGAGCAUGGCCAUUAUCCUGAAGAAGGAGCUGGACAUUCCAAUUAUAGAGAUUGAGGAUCAGCAUGCCCAGCUAGAUGGUGGAGAUGUGCUCUUCACGGGUCGUGAAUUUUUCGUUGGAAUCUCGAGCUACACCAACGAGGAGGGCGCCCGGGCUGUGGCCAUGGCCUAUCCGGAAUAUCCAGUGACGCCCAUUCGAGUGAAUGGCAAUCGACGGCUGAAAUACUAUGUGACGAUGGCCGGACCGGAUGUCCUGUGCGUGAGCAGCAGUCCCACCUGCCAGGAGAUUGUCAAGCGGAUGGAGCGGGAGGCGAGCUUCACAUACCAGAAGCUCACGCUGCCGGAGGAGAGUGCCGCCAAUGUGUUGUUUGUCAAUGGAACGAUUGUGACAAGAUCGCCGUCAGAGAUUCCCGAAGCUUAUAAGACUUUGAAAGAAAAAAUCGACAUUCCAUCAAGAAACAUAAAUAUUAGCGAGUUUAGUCAAUAUUCCAGUGGCCUGACGUCGUCCUGCCUCCUGCUGCGACGCUGGAAGUCCAUUCGUAGUCUCUGAAUCUCUUAGAGAGUCCCUCGAAGAAGCUAUCGAAGCUGGAGUAGCAUUGCCAUGAGAAUCACACAACGCACAACCGCCAAAUAACUGGCAUUAUCAGCAAUAUUUAUACUGAAAUCGUAUUACCCAUGUAUUCUAGUUUAAUCGCAAUUCUUGUUAUUGUUAAAAUCGAAUCGAAUCUAUCCGAUUGUCGGGCCAAUCCUGGCACUCACCAUUCCAACAUGUCCCAUCUACCGUUUAAGGAUAUCGGACUAUAUCAUUAUCAUUAUUAUCAUUAUUAUUAUUAUUAUUAUGAUGGAAAUUAUGAAAUUAUUGUACACUAUUUGAAAUAUGUAUCUACUUUACAAGUAGUUUGUUGAGAAACCCUGUGUUCAGUGUCUGUCUUUGAAAAUAAAUACCUUUGUAAUCUCUUUUUUACAAAA